AUGUCUUUCAACUUCGCCAAAUUCACCGACAACUUGAAGAACAUCGGAGACCGUGUGACCACGGAAUUCAAUAAGGAGGUUUUGCCAUUUGCCCAGCGUACUACGCGCAUGGUUCAGGAGAAAAUCGGCAAGGUCAAUGUAGAUGAAAUCAGCCAGUUGCCCUCUGAGUACACGGAAUUAGCCGACAAGUGCAACAACGUGGAAAAAUUGUACAAGAACGUGUUGAAGGUUACCCAGAACUAUGAAUCCGAGGGCUACGACUACCCCACCAACUUGCAGGAGUCCUUCACUGAAUUUGGCAAGAACAUUUCUGACAGGGUCCAGAACUUGUCGAAGGCCACGUCUCCUGCUGAGGCUCAGGCAGCAUUGAUAAACCCCACAGCCGGUGAUUUUAAACCACCCAAGACGUUGUACCAUGCACUUUCUCGCGCUACGGACGGAUCUAUCUUGACCACUCUGGAGAACUCCCAGGACCCAUUGAUCAAGGCAUUGGAUUUGUAUUCGUCCAACUUAAAUAAGAUCGCCAACGCACGUUUAGGCCAGGACCAGUUGAUCAAGACCAAGUUCAACCAGCCGUUGUUGACCACUCUUCGGUCAUUGCUUUCUCAAAGCACCAGUAUCCAGAAGAAGGUGGAGCAGAAGAGAAUAGACUACGACUUGGCUAGACAGGCAUUGACCAACUGUACUAACCCUACUAAGGAGCCUCAACUUCGUGUCGCCAUGGAGAACGCCGAAGAUGAGUUUGCAAACUCGGUAGAGGAUGCACUCUCUGUGAUGCAGAAUGUGUUGCAACAGGCCAAGCCCCUCAACGAGUUCUUGGAGUUGAUCAGGGCGCAGUUGGCAUACCACAAGUUGGCAGCCGAGUUGUUGUCCAACAUGGUUGGCGAGUUCGAGAGCCUCAUUGAUGAGAACUCUAACUUGGCAGCUUCCAAGCUGGGUGCAAACACACUGGAGCUGGGUGACUUUGAUAUUUAG